ACAAUGUGACAGCUGUGCGUGUACGGUCCGUGGUGUGACUGCGGUCUGUAUUUAAAGGACAUUUAUUUGCAGAUUAGCAGAAUGCGUAGAGAGGCUUUAUACGGUCUUGACCAGUGCUGAAAGAGUUUAUACUUUGUAAAAAACAACAACACUUAAUUCAUUCAGAUUUUUGAACUCGCUGGAUAGCAAUUGGUAUUGAAUAUGGAGCUGUUUGCAACAGUUGAUCAGGGGGGUUGUAUUUUGGACAUGUCCCAUCUGAAUCUGGAGAGCUUAAAUUUGGACACUGUCGGUCACGAACGGAGGAGAGUGACCCAACAACUCUACCUGUAUAACAACCGACUGACAGUGUUUCCCGCUUCGGUAUGUCUAUUCUCCAAUUUGGAAGUUCUGGAUAUAAGCAACAAUGGAUUAACGGUUCUCUGUGAGGACAUUCAACGUUUGUCAAACCUCAAAACACUCAUAGCCAAGAACAACCGUUUGAACGAAUUCUCGUUCCCAAAGGAAUUUGGGUCCAUGCAGAUAGACACAUUGAACUUCAGUGGGAAUAUAUUUGAAGAGGUGCCCAUUCAGUUUCUAAAACUCCAGCGAUUAAAAUAUCUGUCUCUUGGGGGUAACAGACUCAAAGCUAUCCCCUCAGAGAUAGAACAUGUUACCAGUCUGGAGAUGCUUUAUUUGGGUGGGAACCUCAUCACCUCCAUCCCCCCAGAGCUGGCCAGCCUUUGCGGUCUCAGAUACUUGGUCCUUUGUGACAACCGGAUACAAAGUGUACCCCCCCAACUCACCAGACUCUACUCCCUGCGCUGCCUCAGUCUCCAUAACAACCUACUCACCUACCUACCGCGGGAGAUCCUCAGCCUGGUGCACCUGCAGGAGCUCAGUCUCCGCGGCAACCCCCUGGUGGUCCGCUUCAUCAAGGACAUGACUUACGACCCUCCCUCCCUGUUGGAGCUGGCCGGACGGGCCAUCAAGUCCUGCAACCUGCCCUACCACACCAAUUACCUGCCUGGAAACCUGGUGCAUUACCUGGACCUGGCCAGCAAGUGUCCCAACCCUAAAUGUACCGGUGUGUACUUUGACUCAUGUGUGAGGCACAUCAAGUUUGUGGACUUUUGCGGGAAGUAUCGGCUACCCUUCAUGCACUACCUGUGCUCCCCAGAAUGCACCUCUCCCUGCAGCUCCAACCCGCAGAGCGAUGCUGAGUCGGAGGACGAGAAGUGCGUGUCGGCCAACAGGCUGCAGAGAGUGCUUCUGGGAUAGAAGAAAGUGGAAUGUGAAAGGACCUCGAGUUCACUGACACACAUACUGGAUGAUGGACAGUUUCCAUGACUCCCAACUCACCUGACUAACCCAACUUCUCCUGUGCCAUACACGAUAAACACCGACACUGAGCUGUUCACUUCCAAUAGAGUGCCACAUUCAACAUGAGAUGUAGGAUUCCUCAAGGAGUGAUUGUAAAGUAAAUGAACCACAGUUUAUCAUUUAUUUUUUUUGAGCCGUAGUGUUUUAAACAUCUAACUGAAGCUUAUGGAGGACUGAUUUUGUUGUGGAGCACUCAUCAAAUGUAUUUUAAUGUAGAGCCUCAGUUUGUAGUUUCUGUGUUAACAUGAAGGGAUGAAUGAAUUUACAAUAUAGAUUCAGAAACGCAGAAUGUGUUCCAUGCUUCUUUUUUUUUAAAUCACCUCUCUUAACAGUUACCCUUUAACCGGCAUACUUCUAUUGACACUUUGGCUGCUCGCACAUGUAAUCCUAAUCUACAGUAGUCUCUGUCCCCUGUAGCAUUUACACACCAGGCAUUAAUGCCUUCCCUUAUCUCACAAAACAACCAUUUGUGUUGUUACAAACCAAGGGGAAAGUUGUGUAUGUUAAUGUGAGGAUCUCUUGCUCAAAGAUUUAACUGGAUACAUAAGAUAAUGCUGUUUUUUCAAAUUAAUUUGUUUUUGAACCUUUAUUUAACUAAGGAAGUCAUAUUCUUAUUUACAAUGUGUGGCCUAUCAAAAGGCAAAAGGCCUCCUGCGGGGACGGGGGCUGGGAUUAAAAAAUAAAUAACAUUAUAGGACAAAACACACAUCACGACAAGGGAGACAAGACAACACUACAUAAAGAGACGCCUAUGACAACAACAUAGCAUGGCAGCAACACAACAUGGCAGCAGCACAUCAUGGUAGCAGCACAAAACAGGGUACAAACAUUAUUGGGCACCGACAACAGCACAAAGGGCAAGAAGGUAGAGAGAACAAUACAUCACGCAAAGCAGCCACUACUGUCAGUAAUAGUAUCCAUGAAUGAGUCUUUGAAUGAAGAGAUUGAGAUAAAACUGUCCAGUUUGAGUGUUUGUUGCAGCUCGUUCCAGUCGCUAACUGCAGCGAACUGAAAAGACUAGCGACCCAGGGAUGUGUGUGCUCUGGGACCUUUAACAGAAUGUGACUGGCAGAACGGGUGUUUUAUUGUGAAGAUGAGGGCUGCAGUAGAUAUCUCAGAUAGGUGGGAGUGAGGCCUAAGAGGGUUUUAUAAAUAAGCAUCCACCAGUGGGUCUUGCGACGGGUUUACAGAGAUGACCAGUUUACAGAGGAGUAUAGAGUGCAGUGAUGUGAUGUGUCCUAUAAAAGAGCAUUGGUGGCAAAUCUGAUGGCCGAAUGGUAAAGAACAUCUAGCCGCAUCUAGCUGUUCAUACCCGGAGCAAUACUUGUGGCAAUAAACAUUCCAAUGUGAAGAAUUUAGCAUGAUGAUAAUAAAGUGUAAUACUUCA